CAUACACAAUUUUAAAAUUUUCACUAGAGCUAUCAAAAAAUGCUUUUUGGUUUAGUUAUCUAAUUAAAGUGAAGAAUUUACAAGUCAAAAGUCAAAAAAGUGGUACUUGCCACAGUCCAUCACCUGAAAAAAGGUCACAGGCUCAUUACUGCCCUUUCUUGAUGAGUCUCAUUUUGAAAAACUUGGAUUAAGUUCCUUGGGGGAGAGGAGGAAGCUACUUAGUUGUAUCCAACGCCUGAGUCAAACUUACACCGAUACAAUGAAGGUAAUUAAUGAUCCUAUCCAUGGCCACAUUGAGCUCCACCCUCUCCUCAUCCGAAUCAUUGAUACACCUCAAUUUCAGCGGCUUCGAUAUAUUAAACAGUUGGGAGGUGGUUACUAUGUUUUUCCAGGAGCAUCACACAAUCGAUUUGAGCAUAGUCUAGGGGUUGGGUAUCUAGCCGGAUGUCUAGUCCGUGCACUGUGUGACAAGCAACCAGAGCUGCAUAUAAGUGAACGAGACAUGCUGUGUGUUCAGAUUGCUGGGCUUUGUCAUGACCUUGGUCAUGGGCCAUUUUCUCAUAUGUUUGAUGGAAGAUUUAUUCCACUUGCUCGCCCAGAGGUGAAAUGGACGCAUGAACAAGGCUCGGUUAAGAUGUUUGAGCACCUAGUUAAUUCUAAUGGACUUAAGGCUGUCAUGGAACACUAUGGUCUCAUCCCUGAAGAAGAUAUUUGCUUUAUCAAGGAACAAAUUGCAGGACCACUCGAGUCAUCAAUCAAAAAAGAUUCUUUGUGGCCAUAUAAGGGGCGUCCUAAAGAGAAAAGCUUCCUCUAUGAGAUAGUAGCCAAUAAAAGAAAUGGCGUUGAUGUGGACAAGUGGGAUUAUUUUGCCAGGGACUGCCAUCAUCUUGGAAUCCAAAAUAAUUUUGAUUACAGGCGCUUUAUUAAGUUUGCCCGUGUCUGUGAAGUCGAAAAUAAGAUGCAUAUUUGUACUAGAGACAAGGAGGUUGGAAAUCUGUAUGACAUGUUCCACACUCGCAACUGUCUCCACCGUAGAGCUUAUCAACAUAAAGUUGGCAACAUCAUUGAUACAAUGAUUACAGAUGCUUUCCUCAGAGCAGACCCCUACAUAGAGAUUACAGGUGCUGAAGGGAAAAAGUAUCACAUUUCCACAGCAAUUGAUGACAUGGAGGCCUUCACUAAGCUGACGGAUAACAUUUUCCUGGAGAUUUUAUACUCUACUGAUUCCCGAUUGGAUGCUGCAAGAGAAAUUUUAAAGAAUAUUGAAUGCCGUAAUCUGUAUAAGUACGUGGGUGAGACACAGCCAACAGAACAAGUAAGGAUUAAAAGGGAAAAUUAUGAGUGCCUUCCCAAAGAGGUUGCCGAUGCUAAGCCUAAAGUCCCAUUGGAAGCUGAGCUGAGGGCUGAAGACUUUAUAGUGGAUGUUAUCAACAUGGAUUAUGGAAUGGAAGACAAGAAUCCGAUUGACCAUGUACGCUUCUAUUGUAAAAGUGACCUCAGCAAAGCAAUCAUGAUUACUAAAAACCAGGUUUCACAGCUCCUGCCAGAGAGAUUUGCAGAGCAGCUGAUUCGAGUGUACUGUAAGAGGACAGACGAGAAGAGUUUGUAUGCGGCACAGCAGCAUUUUGUUCAGUGGUGCUUAAUCAAAAAUUUCACCAAGCCACAGGACGGUGAUGUUGUAGCCCCACUUAUAACACCUCAAAAGUCGGAGUGGAAUUAUACAGCUUCAGCACAUGGUCCAGCUCGCAUCCGAGAAGCAUCCAAAAGCAGGGUCCAGCUUUUCAAGGAUGGUGCUGUGUGAAUGUCCACCACCGGCUGUUUACAAAUGCCCUCCCAAUAUUUAGCUUAGAGCUUCAGUUAUGAGUUCCACAGAUCUAGUGACAACUAGUGCUUUUAAUUUUAUAUUCUGAAAGUAUAUGCACACCCUGAAGCCAAGUCAUUUUUACUCAAAGAAACAAAAUGGCAUUAGGUAAAUCUUGCUAAAGUAUAAAAGGCAUUACCUUGCCUAUUUUUAAAUAUUUUUUCUCCUUCAGUAGGAUAUAUUUUUUAGAAUAACAACUCUUUUUCUCUACUAUGAAAACUUUUUUAGAGGGUCUUGCUCUAUUACCCUGGCUGGAC